UGCACGCGGGCGGGCGCUGCCUGGGCCGCGCUCUCGCUCCCUCGCUCGUUCUCGCCCGCGGCCGGCAGUUUGCAGACGCUCCCUGGCGCCCGCCUCCAGGUGGCCCGGCCCCCACAGCGGGCGCGGCGGCCGCCCCUCAAGCCCGCGCCGGCCUCCGCGGAGGGGCCAUGGGCGAUGCGCUGCUCCCGGCGCGGGGAGCUGCGCACAGGCGGCGCCGGAGGAGAUGACAAAUGACAAAUGUAAAAUCAAGAAUGACAUAAGACGAUGUCAAGUAUUAGCUUUUGACUAAGGAUAGUUGCAAGGAAGCAAAGACAAAAAGGAUGGAACUGAAAUACAGAUAUAUGUUGACUAAGGAGUUGGAAUAAGACUGAGUCCUGCUCUGUGAUAUUUAUGUACCUGGACCAUGAACUCGCUGUUUGGCUUCACGCUUUAGGAACCUUUGUAGUAACUGUGUGAAGCUGUUGGGAAUCAUGGCAUUCUCUCCAUGGAAGCUGUCCUCUCAGAAACUUGGCUUUUUUCUGGUGACUUUUGGUUUCAUUUGGGGAAUGAUGCUCCUGCAUUUUACUAUUCAGCAGCAAACACAACAUGAAAGCAGUUCAGUCCUGCGUGAGCAAAUUUUGGAUCUCAGCAAAAGAUACAUCAAAGCAUUAGCUGAAGAAAAUAAAAAUGUGGUUGAUGGGCCUUAUGUUGGGACAGUGACAGCAUACGAUUUGAAGAAGACUCUUGCUGUCUUGUUGGAUAAUAUCUUGCAGCGCAUUGGGAAACUGGAGUCCAAGGUGGAAAAUCUUGUACUUAAUGGAACAGGAGCAAACUCUACCAACAAUACUACCACUCCUGCUCCCAGCUUAGGAGCAGUUGAAAAGCUUAAUGUAGCAGAUCUCAUAAAUGGGGCCCAAGAACAGUGUGAAUUGCCUCCUAUGGAUGGUUUUCCUCACUGUGAAGGGAAAAUAAAGUGGAUGAAAGAUAUGUGGCGAUCGGAUCCCUGUUAUGCAAGUUAUGGUGUAGAUGGGUCCACGUGCUCCUUUUUUAUUUACCUCAGUGAGGUUGAAAAUUGGUGUCCUCGUUUACCUUGGAGAGCAAAAAAUCCUAAUGAAGAAACAGAUCAAAAAACGGUGGCUGAAAUUCGUAUCAACUUUGAUAAUCUCUACAAAAUGAUGUCAAGACAUGAGGAAUUCAGGUGGAUGAUGUUACGCAUCAGACGAAUGGCUGAUACCUGGAUUGAAGCAAUUAAAUCACUUGCAGAAAAACAAAAUUUGGAGAAGAGAAAACGUAAAAAGAUUCUUGUUCAUCUAGGGCUUUUGACAAAAGAAUCUGGAUUCAAGAUUGCAGAAAAUGCAUUUAGCGGUGGCCCGCUUGGUGAAUUAGUCCAGUGGAGUGAUUUAAUUACAUCUCUCUACUUACUGGGCCAUGACAUCAGGAUUUCAGCUUCACUGGCAGAGCUCAAGGAGAUUAUGAAGAAGGUUGUAGGUAACAGAUCUGGAUGCCCUACCCAAGGGGAUAAAGUUGUAGAACUCAUUUACAUUGAUAUUGUGGGACUCACUCAGUUUAAGAAAACCCUUGGUCCAUCCUGGGUACAUUACCAGUGUAUGCUGAGAGUUCUGGAUUCCUUUGGAACUGAACCAGAGUUUAACCAUGCGCAUUAUGCCCAGUCUAAAGGCCACAAGACACCAUGGGGGAAGUGGAACCUUAAUCCACAGCAGUUUUAUACAAUGUUCCCUCACACUCCAGAUAACAGCUUCCUUGGAUUUGUAGUGGAGCAGCAUCUGAAUGCCAGUGACAUUAAACACAUUAAUGACAUCAAAAGGCAGAAUCAAUCUCUCGUUUAUGGAAAAGUAGAUAAUUUCUGGAAGGAUAAGAAGGCUUAUCUGGACAUCAUCCACACCUAUAUGGAAGUCCAUGGAACUGUUCACGGGACAAGCACCAUUUAUAUUCCUGGUUACGUAAAAAACCAUGGUAUACUCAGUGGGCGGGAUUUGCAGUUUCUACUGAGAGAAACCAAACUGUUCGUUGGUCUUGGAUUUCCAUACGAAGGGCCAGCUCCUUUAGAGGCUAUUGCUAAUGGAUGUGCUUUUCUAAAUUUAAGAUUUAACCCACCAAAAAGUAGCAAGAACACAGAAUUUUUCAAAGGCAAACCUACACUCCGAGAGUUGACAUCUCAGCACCCCUAUGCUGAAGUUUACAUUGGGAAGCCCCAUGUCUGGACUGUAGACAUCAAUGAUCUUUCUGAAGUUGAGAAGGCUGUGAAAUCAAUUUUGAAUCAAAAGAUUGACCCUUAUUUGCCCUACGAAUUUACAUGUGAGGGAAUGCUUCAGAGGAUGAAUGCUUUUAUUGAAAGACAGGAUUUCUGUCACGGGCAGGUGAUGUGGCCCCCAUUAAGUGCCCUUCAAGUAAAAAUUGCUGAACCUGGAAAAUCCUGUAAACAAGUUUGUCAGGAAAGCCAGCUCAUCUGCGAGCCUUCCUUCUUCCAGCAUCUUAACAAGGACAAAGCUCUGCUUAGGCAUAAUAUCGAAUGUCUCACCAUGGAGUCUGCAAAUGAUAUUCUGGUCCCCUCUUUUGAUGGAAGAAGGAAGCACUGUGUUUUCCAAGGUGACCUCUUAUUGUUCAGCUGUGCCGGAUCCCACCCAACCCACAGAAGAAUCUGCCCCUGCAGAGACUAUAUUAAGGGGCAGGUUGCGCUUUGUAAAGACUGCCUAUAGCAGCAGCAGAGCUUCUUUUGAGUUGAGGACAAAAUGUAAGUAGUUUUGAGAGGAGCUACUUAUUACUUCCUGCACUUUGUCCAGGUUUUUCGCUGCAGGCAGAGCUAUCAUUGCUGGGCAGAAUUAUCUACUAAGAGAGGAGGGAUUCCUAACAAACAGCUAACUGAUCUUUUUUUCCUGUAAGAACAUUUGCAGUGUAACUCUUCAGAUUCCUUCAUCUGUUUGCGAAGAGAAAUGCGUUUCAUGUUCUACAGUGAUUUGAAGAUGACUGCACAGAAUAGUUUGUAGAAAAUUCCCAGACCCAUCAAACUUCUUUUUUUUGUUGUUCAGGUGAAGUGUUUCCUACUUUUUUGAGUUCGGACAUCCCCCAUCAUGAUUACCUAAAGGAUCUCAACUUCAUUCCAGUAGAAAAUUGAAAAAAGUGUGCUUGAGGGAAGGGGUGCAGGGGAGGGAGGACUAGCAUUUUAUUCUGGGUGCACUGUUUUGGGUACUGCUUUAGCUUGAAUGGCUAUAAAGUGGUUUACUUCACAAGAACUCGGAAUCACAAGAUAGCUCUGUACCCUGUUAUUGGGUUAUCUGGGUCCAGUUCUUUUUUAAUUUUUCCUUUUUUUUUUUUUUUUUUUUAAUAUCUUUGUAUACAACAAGGUAUUGUCUGCAUCACAGCUGCUGCCUCAGAGCAGUCUAAACAGAGAGUAUCAUGAAUGAGCAAAUAGGCAGUUGCCAGCGUGUGGUACAUGUUGGUGACUCGACAACUGACUAGGGUUGUGGCAUUCUUCAGUGUGGAAAAGCUACAAAAACAUACUGCCAUUUUUGGAAUGGACUUGUCACAGUUUACUGGUCCCAUUUAGAGAGUAAUCCUUGGAAUUUGCCCAUGCUUCUGUUGUAGUCUGUCUACUAGAAAUACUGUGUGAAGCAAAAAAGUAUUCAGCAUCAUUGGAGCAAUAUUAUCGUUAGAGCCUCAGUUUGCUACGGCUUCCAGUAGUUAAAGUGUUGCUGAAUGACAUAGAAAGGUUAAACUAAGCUAACUAUAAUUAUUGUAUGGUAGAAAUGUAAAAUGUCUUCAUAACUAGUUAGGUUUUUAAAGAGAAUUUUUUUCUGAAGAACAAGAGGAGACAAACAAUUACUAAGAAAAGCAUUGAUGAAUCUCGUGGGUUCUUUGAUUGUUUUUCUGUUGGGGGGUUGUUUUGUGUUUUGUUUUUUUUUUGUUUGGUUGGGGUUUUUUUGUUUUUGUUUUUUAGCAGGCACACCAGUUACAAAUUUAGAAUAAAACAGUUCAAGAUUUUGGAAUUCCAAUCAAACUUCAUUUUUUUAGAGCACCAAGUUAAAUCUUCUAAACUGCCUUCUUUUUAGAGAGGUAAUUUUUGUUAUUUUCAGCUGAAGGUGGCAUGCUUGACAGCACCAUUUGGAGUAAGGAAAUGAUAUGCUAAGAUUAGUGAGAAACAAAUCUGCAGUACACUUUGAAAGCAGUCGUAGACUGCAGGUUUACAAUUUGGAUGUGCUCUGACCAUACCGGAAAAAAACAUCAAAUCAAGGAGGAUUUUUUCAUAAAGAUUAACAAACAUUACCAGGUAACAAUGAAAAGCACAGAUACGUUAAGUUUUUCUUUCUUGGAUAUAUCUGGUGGGUUCAGAUUUUUCUUGUAACUGGCAUUCAUGAUCUGUGUGUGAAUAUUGAUGUAUCUCUUGACCUACCAAAGACCAAGCAAGGGAAAUGCUAUUUCAUCAUGGAUAAAUUCUCAAGGCCAGGGAACAGAACAGUAUACAUUUGUAGUUUCAAUUUAAAAGCAGUGAAUUCGCUUUUUCAAGUUUUUCAUUUCCUGCCUCAGCACUCCUGACUCUGUUACCCUGUGACACUCCGUAACGUUGCUGGAGAAUACACAGGAGCUUAAUCCUGAGAGCCUGUUGAGUAUCCAGGAAGGAUAUGUGGGAGCUGUUGAACAGCAGGCUCACCACUAACUGGGUUGUGAUGAUGAUAAAAUCUGCCGUAUUUUAGAGUAAUUUUCCAGAAACAGAACAGCUGGGUCCUAUAAUGGGAGGCAAACUUUUUGUAUGAAAAGAAAACAAAUACAAGCUAGUAUGAAAAUCCUUACUGUUACCAUAGCUCAGCAUUUGCUCCAGUCAGCACAAAUGUAGUUUACAAUCAUUUUAAUACCCUGGAAGAGCUGGGGGAGGAGGAUCGGAAAUGGGUCUGAGCAGGUGCAACAAUUAAUUUUGUAUUUAUAUAAAAUAUUGCCCGCAUACCUGUGCAUAUUUGUGCAACUGGAAGAUCCUGCGUAUCAAAGUAUAUAUACUUCUACCUGGUGCUGAAAGUAAAGGCAACAGCAGAACUUGCCUUUUCCAGUUCAGCCUGAGGUUCUUCAGGCAGGAAUUCAGUUUUAAAUGAGAUACCAUAGAAUUACAUUGGAAACAGAGAUUUGUAUGUGAGCACUUAAAGAAUGCAAAACACGUAGUUUUUGCUGUAGUGUAAUUCCUUGCUGUAAAUACAUAUUUGCUUCUUUCCCCCCCACUGUAUGGUCCACAUGGCAUACCGCAUUUUAUUUUGCCUCUAAACCUUUAAAGACGGGAGGGUUUUGGUAUUUGUUAUUAUAAGAUUUUCUGGUCUAGUGCUUUGCUCGAUGCUAAGUUUGCCUUUGCCACAGCAGGGAGAGUCUAUUAUAAGCUCUGUUUUUUCAUGCUGUAGCACUGUUUCUUUCUAGUCUACUGAACUGAAUUACUGCAUACUGGCAAAAAUGAAACAGCAAACACCAAUGCCACUUGCAUCUCAGCCAGGGACAGAACAUCUAAACUGGCUUCAGAACCGGUUGGGUCUGAUCCUAUUUCUGCUGAAAGCGAUAGAGAAGACUCAUUAAUCCUAAAGAAAAGAGAAUCAAGACCUCUAAUUUGAUAGGCCUCUAUUAUUAAUUUAAACUCUAUUUUCAGAAGAAAUAGUACUUCCAUGAAAUACAGCUUGAGUCUAGAUUUCUGUAAAAGGAGACUAUCAUAUGAGAACUGUAAGUGCAUCAACUUUGUAAACAUUACUGACUAAACCCGCUGCCGCGCUGCCCCGUCACACAGCGGAGCGCGCCCGUGCGUUGGCAGAUAAGUGAAUCCUUCCGCAGAUAAGCACUCAGGCAGAUCCGUGAGGGACUAUUUAAGAGCUCGAAUGAUUUACUAAAACAUAUAAUAUAUCUCCACAUUUCAGGAUGGAGGGCAGCCUUCUGUCCAAGUUCCAUAAAUAUUUUCCUUCCUAAUUAAAGGUGUAGUCCAACUCUUGCACUUAAACAAGGACAUUAGAGGUGGGACUGUGCUACUGUUUUCCAGUCUGACAGUAAAGCUUGCAGCUUCCUUUACUCAGAAAUCAGGUUUUUGCAUGACUUGCAUUUGAAUAUAUUGAUCAGUGAUUGAUGGGAAAAAAAAUGUCAACAGUUGAACAUAAAAAUGUUUUACAAGCUUUUAAACAUAUCUCUCAUAUCAAGACAUUCUUUGUUUUAAAAUUUUGUAUUUUUGUAUGUGACCUAGUUUUUUUCAAAAAUCUUGUUCCUACGAGAUUAGAAAACUUGAGAGAAGCAUUUACAUAUUUAUUAAAAUUAACAUAAAAGGCUUGCCUUUGAAAGGUAAAGUUGCUAAAUACACACUGUUUAAAAAUGCCAAUAAAAACCUCAUUUAUUUCAUAUAUGCAAGUUGAUUUGCACAUGUAUAAAUAGAGUUGCUUUUUGCAUUUUUUGCUUAGUUUCUAUGGGGUUUUUUGUAAUUUAUAGAUGCAGCUGUGUGUUUGCUUGUUUAUAUCAAAUUAUGUUUCUCCUACAAAUAUUUAAUGUUUAUGUGCCUUUUUUUUUACUUUCCUUGGGGUUUGGAUGAGUGUUUGGAAUAUGGACACUGUCUGAACAAGUAUAAUGGAACACUAAUUACAGGUAAAAAUAGCACUUGAUGGCUCUACAACUUAGCAGUAUGAAUUUUUAAGUAGUGAAUUUUAAGUAGCGGAGAAAUCUGUUGUAAAACUAUCAGGUAAGAGUUAGCAAGAUAAGAGAGACUAGAACUUUGAUAAUUCUUGCAAGACAUUGCUUCUGCAAGCAGAAUACCCUUUCCCGAGUAUCUAAUGUGACACGGGAGCUCCUGCUGGGAUGGGAUGUCUGCUCAAUGACCAGAGAGCAAAGGAAAGCCGUGACCUUCCCCAAGGAGACAAUGCGAACAGGAAACCUCUCGAAACAGCCGCAUCUGGUUUGAUCAGCAGGGAAAUGGACGAUGCACAUUAAAGUUUGUGAGGUGUUGGUUUUUCGGAUAAAGGCGGCUGUAGAGGGAAGUGGGCAAGGUGAUGCCUGGUGCUACCAGAAGCAUACAGUCCUUCUAGGAUACCUGAAUUUACACUUCUCGGUGGGGAAGGGAACUCUGGAUAUUCGGCGUAUUGCAGAUGUCUUUCUUUUUAAUGCUACCGCUUUUCUGCAGGAGGAGUAUUUUGCAAAACGGCUGCCGGUCAGGUUUCGGCUGCAGACGGCAGAACGGGGUUGCAGGCAGAGCCAGGACUCUGCACCUUCCCCGCUCAGCUCGGCUCCCAGCUGCUACGUUUCUGUUGAUAGCAGCCACAAAUCGGGUUGUUAGCAGAUGUCUUCUCUCCUCACUUAAUCAGGUUGUGCUACUGUCCUUUAAAAUCCUAGUCAAUGUCCUUGAUUCAUCCUUCAUAUGAAAGACAUGGCCCUCCCCUCUCAAAAAUGAGUGGCCCAUCUAAAUUACAAAGAUGACUUACAAGUUUGCAGCACUUUUCACAUAAACAAAAUCCAAAUUGCUUUCUCAGGUAUGUAUUUUGCUCAUAGUGCAUUUCAGGAGCAGAUUUUGCUAGUAAAAUACAUGAAAUGGGAUGAAUCAGGCUGGAUACAACUCAUCCAAGUCUAAUUAACUUCAUGACUCCCACUGGCUUCCGUGAUAGCAGAACUCCUCCAGUAAUUUUUCUUCAAAUUAAAAAAGCAGCUCUCCCUUUUUAAUACAUACAAAGCACUGUAUCUUACAAGAUAAAGACCAAACACUUGCAGGUUACAUCGUACACAUAUCAGCAGCCAGUUUGCUUGCUGUUACAGCAUACAUUAUCUCUGACUGAGCUGUUGUUACUUAUCAUUAAAGUAUCAGCUGAAAACUUGGUUAAGUAGCUGUUCAGUCUACAGUUUGGAGUUGGAGGGUGGGGUGUUUGUUGUUUUGUUGCUUGUUUGUUUUAAAGAGACUGUUAGUUACCAGUUUCCAGUUUCACAGUCUUUUUUUCUAGGGGUGCUAACGUUUUGGCAGGGCUGUUUCUUUGUGAUGUUUGUCCCACAGCUGCUACGCCUUCAACUUUUGACUGGCGAUCUCUUAGUAGUUCUCCUCUGGUCCCAUCAUUUUAGGGAUCGCUGCGGAGUCGAGGAGAAUAAUGCACUGACAGAUGUAUGCUUUCGUUCAGGCUGAGGCGGCCAGGGACAGAUAUGGUUUCGUUGAGGUAUGCUUUAAUAAUACUGCUGUAGAUGUAACAGCAAAACAUACCGUUUUACGGGCAGUGACUUAAAUCUCAUCUUCGUAUUUUUAAGCAGCUUUAUAGUUUGGGUUUUUUUUUUUUUUUAAAUUAGUUUGGAAUUUCCAAAUAUUAUAUUUAAAUGGAAUGUGUAAACAGCAAACUCCGUGUAUCAAGUGUAAGAUGUUUACUGUAGGAAUGUGUUGAAAAUACCAGAGGCUGAACCCCAGAAUGCCUCAGACAUGAGGGAGGCAUUGUUCAUGUUCUUUCUUCCAGGGAAGAAUAACAAAGUGCAACCGUUGCCAAAGUGUCUUGCUUUUAUAGGUGUCAUCUUUUCCAUAGCCAUGUAAUUAUGAACAUACAAUAGUAUGUUUUAAUUCAGCAGACCUCUCUCAGCAGCACUAAGCCUCCUGUUUAUUAAAUGGGUAAAUAAAUUCAGGUCCUUGAAAGUUUUGGUAGAAUGAGUAAUAGCUUCACCUUCCACACACAGAAACCGCUUAGAAACAAUUCAGCGGUGAUUGAGGGAGGAGCCCCCUUCUCUCCGCCGGGAGGGUCGGCGCGGGGGCGGUUUAGCUGAGGUGGGCUGUGCAUGGGAACAGGAUUUGUCACCUUGUGUCAGGGCUGGCAGGACUGAAGCCCUGGGUGCCCUCACGUUUCACAGCGGCGGUAACAACCGCCUGCUCCUCCGUACAGGAAAACACGUCUGUAGUGCACCGCGCUGCAGACUUGCAGAUAGCAGCCCUGGGCCAGCGCCGCUCCGCUCAUGGCCGGCCCCACAGGAGGGGCUCAGUCAGUCCUGCAGGAGCCAGCAAAAUCCUUGGCUUUUGGGGGAGAGCAUGUAAAUAACACUACGGCAUCCACUGGAGCCAUCCAGGCACUUGACAAAGUGCAUGUGACACGUCCUGGCUCAGACUCUGGCAGCUGCAAAGUGGUUUGAAGUAUCAAAUAGGUAAUCGAGUGGAACUGCUGUCUGAAGGCAACUAAUUUUCAUAGGGUCAUACCCAGAACUGAUUUGUUACGUUCAUUAACAGGUCUCUGGCAGUACGGUGACAGUGAAAACCAUUUUAAAGCAGCCGUGGGUUUAGUUGGUUUUCACAAAGGAGUACAGCAGAGGAGGAGGAAAUGGCAGUUCCUACCAAAGGGAAAAAGUAAAUUUUAUGACAAGAGUUACCCUGAAGAUUGUUAGAGAGCUAAAAGAAAACUCUGGGGAAGUAUUUCCAAAGCUAAUUUGAGCUUGGAGCUGUCGAUCCCCCCUAGCUUGCUAGGCUGACCGCUGCAGGGGGUCUCCAGAGCGCGAGGCUGGGUGGCUCUUUGGUUUCUGGUCUGAAAGGUUCCGUGCAGGAGGAGUCUCCCUCCGUGGGUGAAGGGGGUCAGAGUCUGAAUAAUCCCUGUAGCACUGUAAAUUGAAAAAAAAAAAAAACAAACUACUGAAAUCUGUAGAAAUAAGAUUGCUGGUUUUUGCAGAUAAUAAUUUGGAGUCAGUGAGAGUUUUUAUCUGUACAUAAGAACUUCAGGGUCAGGCUGGUACUGUAUGUGUUUGGUUUGAAUUCUCUCCUAGAAGGUUGAUCCUUUGUUUUAUUUAAAUGGUUGUGUUCCACUAUAUUAUGUUCAAGCAGUUUGAAUUAGAAAGAACAGAACACAGUGGUUCAGAUACUGUCAAAUUACUGGGGUUCAACGGGAUGGAAUUUUUUUAAUUUAAUUUUUUUUUUUUUUUUUUAGAAAAGUAAAUGUCUGUACUUUAAUGGCAUAGAAAAAUGCUUUGUUUUCACUGUUGUAGAAAAAAUCUAGGGAGAACUUUAUUUUUCAAUAAACCUUUUUCUUGUGUGAUUUGGA